UUCACAAAGACAACCCGUCUCUCUUCUUAUCCUCUGCCACCAACGAUCCGAGAAAAAUGGCGAAUUUACUGGAAACAUCAAUCUUCUUCUCGUCGGCGGAUAAGUUACUGUCUUACCCUCCCAGUAAUCCUCAAACCCUUCUUCUCCCUUCCUCUGCUUUCAUCAACGGAGGAAGAAGGAGACGCAAAACCUCAACUCUCACCUUUGCUACCGACACUGUCAGCACCACUCCCAGUACGGAAGUGAAAAAUACUGUUGAGGUUAUUGUUGAGGAUCCGAUGGAAGCUGAGGUUGCUGAAGGCUACACGAUGGCUCAGUUCUGCGACAAGAUCAUUGAUCUUUUCUUGAACGAGAAGCCCAAAGUUAAAGAGUGGAAGAAGUAUUUGGUGUUAAGAGAUGAGUGGAACAAGUACAGUCUCAACUUCUAUAAGCGUUGCAGAACACGAGCUGAUACCGAAACUGAUCCUUUGUUGAAGCAGAAGCUUGUUUCUCUGGAGAGUAAAGUCAAGAAGAUAGAUGAGGAAAUGGAGAAGCACAAUGAUCUUUUAAAGGAGAUUCAAGAGAACCCAACUGACAUAAACGCAAUCGCUGCCAAGAGACGGAGAGACUUCACCGGAGAGUUUUUUCGCUAUGUUGCUUUGUUAUCAGAAACCCUUGAUGGCUUAGAAGACCGUGAUGCUGUUGCGAGGCUUUCAGCUAGAUGCUUAUCUGCAGUGAGGGCUUACGACAAUACACUGGAGAACGUUGAGACUUUAGAUAACGCUCAAGCGAAGUUUGAUGAUAUCUUAAACUCUUCUUCCGUGGAUGCUGCUUGUGAAAAGAUCAGAAGCCUCGCUAAGGCCAAGGAGCUAGAUUCUUCGUUGAUCUUGUUAAUAAACUCUGCUUACGCUGCUGCUAAAGAGUCUCAAACCGUUACAAACGAGGCAAAAGACAUAAUGUGUCGAUUAUACAAAGCUACAAAGAGCAGUCUUAGAAGCAUAACGCCGAAAGAGAUCAAACUGUUAAAGUACUUGCUCAACAUAACAGACCCGGAAGAACGUUUCUCUGCACUAGCAACAGCGUUCUCUCCUGGGGAUGACCAUGAAGCCAAGGACCCUAAAGCAUUAUACACGACGCCAAAGGAGCUGCACAAGUGGAUAAAGAUAAUGCUUGACGCUUACCAUCUCAACAAAGAAGAGACUGACAUUAGAGAAGCUAAACAGAUGAGCCAACCCAUCGUCAUUCAGCGGCUGUUCGUCCUCAAAGACACCAUCGAAGAGGAGUAUUUGGACAAGAAAACGUUUGUAGCUGAUGGAAACACGAAGAAGGAAGAAGACACUACUACUUCUACUUCUGUUGAUGAAUUUUUGAACUGAAGGGGGGGGGGACAGUGUAAUUUUGUAGAAUAAACAGCGAUAUUUGAAAUUACGUCUGAAUACAAGGACUUGCUUUAAUAAA